GGCGGGGCUGAGACGCGACCAGGACGCGGGGAGGACGGACCAGCAGGACAGACCGACCGGGGGCCCGGCGGGCGGAGGGCAGCGCAGCGCAGCCACGUCCCCCCCUGGAUCCGCCGGCAGCCGGGCGCGGGGCUUCCGACAUGCCCCCCAGGAGAGUGUGCUGGGCAGACGAUGCUGGACACGAUGGAGGCGCCGGGCCACUCGAGGCAGCUGCUGCUGCAGCUCAACAACCAGCGCACCAAGGGCUUCUUGUGCGACGUGAUCAUCGUGGUGCAGAACGCCCUCUUCCGCGCGCACAAGAACGUGCUGGCGGCCAGCAGCGCCUACCUCAAGUCCCUGGUGGUGCAUGACAACCUGCUCAACCUGGACCAUGACAUGGUGAGCCCGGCCGUGUUCCGCCUGGUGCUGGACUUCAUCUACACCGGCCGCCUGGCUGAUGGCGCAGAGGCGGCGGCGGCCGCGGCCGUGGCUCCGGGGGCCGAGCCGAGCCUGGGCGCCGUGCUGGCCGCCGCCAGCUACCUGCAGAUCCCCGACCUCGUGGCGCUGUGCAAGAAGCGCCUCAAGCGCCACGGCAAGUACUGCCACCUGCGGGGCGGCGGCGGCGGCGGCGGCGGCUACGCUCCCUACGGGAGGCCUGGCCGGGGCCUUCGGGCCGCCACGCCCGUCAUCCAGGCCUGCUACUCGUCCCCGGCCGGGCCCCCGCCGCCGCCCACCGGCGAGCCGUCCGCGGGCCCCGAGGCCGCGGUGAACACGCACUGCGCGGAGCUGUACGCCUCGGGCCCCGGCCCGGCCUCCGCACUCUGCGCCCCGGAGCGCCGCUGCUCCCCGCUCUGCGGCCUGGACCUGUCCAAGAAAAGCCCGCCGGGCUCCGCGCCUCCCGAGCGGCCGACGGGCGAGCGCGAACUGCCCCCGCGCCCAGACAGCCCUCCCAGUGCCGGCCCCGCAGCCUACAAGGAGCCCCCGCUCCCCCUGCCGCCGCUGCCGCCGCUGCCUUUCCAGAAGCUGGAGGAGGCCGUACCGCCUCCGGACCCGUUCCGUGGCGGCGGCGGCGGCGGCGGCAGCCCGGGACCCGAGCCCCCGGGCCGCCCCGACGGGCCCAGCCUCCUCUACCGCUGGAUGAAGCACGAGCCAGGCCUGGGCAGUUACGGCGACGAGCUGGGCCGGGAGCGCGGCUCCCCCAGCGAGCGCUGCGAGGAGCGCGGCGGGGACCCGGCCGCCUCGCCCGGGGUGCCCGCUCUAGGCCUGGCGCCGCCGCGCUACCACGGCGGCCUGGACGGGCCAGGCGCGGGCGGCGACGGCGACGACUAUAAAAGCAGCAGCGAGGAGACGGGCAGCAGCGAGGACCCCAGCCCGCCCGGCGGCCACCUCGAGGGCUACCCAUGCCCGCACCUGGCUUACGGCGAGCCCGAGAGCUUCGGUGACAACCUGUACGUGUGCAUCCCGUGCGGCAAGGGCUUCCCCAGCUCGGAGCAGCUGAAUGCGCACGUGGAAGCUCACGUGGAGGAGGAGGAGGCGCUGUACGGCAGGGCCGAGGCGGCUGAGGUAGCUGCGGGGGCCGCCGGCUUGGGGCCCCCUUUUGGAGGCAGUGGGGACAAGGUCGCUGGGGCUCCGGGCGGCCUGGGCGAGCUGCUGCGGCCGUACCGCUGCGCGUCGUGCGACAAGAGCUACAAGGACCCGGCCACGCUGCGACAGCACGAGAAGACGCACUGGCUGACCCGACCCUAUCCUUGCACCAUCUGCGGGAAGAAGUUCACGCAGCGCGGGACCAUGACGCGCCACAUGCGCAGCCACCUGGGCCUCAAGCCCUUCGCGUGCGACGCGUGCGGCAUGCGCUUCACGCGCCAGUACCGCCUCACCGAGCACAUGCGCAUCCACUCGGGCGAGAAGCCCUACGAGUGCCAGGUGUGCGGCGGCAAGUUCGCCCAGCAACGCAACCUCAUCAGCCACAUGAAGAUGCACGCCGUGGGUGGCGCGGCAGGCGCAGCCGGAGCGCUGGCCGGCCUGGGGGGGUUGCCCGGCGUCCCCGGCCCCGACGGCAAGGGCAAGCUCGACUUCCCCGAGGGUGUCUUUGCUGUGGCCCGCCUCACGGCUGAACAGCUGAGCCUGAAGCAGCAGGACAAGGCAACGGCGGCCGAACUGCUGGCGCAGACCACGCACUUCCUGCACGACCCCAAGGUGGCGCUCGAGAGCCUCUACCCGCUGGCCAAGUUCACCGCCGAGCUGGGCCUCAGCCCGGACAAGGCGGCCGAGGUGCUGAGCCAGGGAGCGCACCUGGCCGCCGGACCCGACGGCCGGACCAUCGACCGUUUUUCCCCCACCUAGAGCGCCUCUUGCCGGCCCGCCCCCCUCCCCGAGCCCCCCCUCCCCCCGCCGGGGAACGACGGCGGCCGCCGCGAGCAGGCACACCGCGCCCGGACGACUGUAGCAGCCCCGGCAGCGUCGCCGCACUGGCGGCGGCCCCACCUGGCCUCACUGCUUUGUGCCUUA